AUGAAGCUGCUAAACAAUGUGCUGCUGAAACGCACGUCCACUUACUUGGUCGGUAUUGCGGGAUGUGUAUUUUUCUUCGAGCGUGGCUUCGAUAUGAUUACCGAUGCCGUGUUCGAAUCCCAUAACAAAGGGAAACUGUGGAAAGACAUCAAGCACAAGUACGAGCAGUAA